GAACAGAGGGAAGCUGAUGUAGUGGAAUCUUUGUAUAAUUUAAGACCGGUGCAAGUCAAUUUUAUUGAGCCUUAUUGUGUGGAGUUGAUGGUUGAUGGUAAAAAUAUUUUAUUUCAGAUAGAUACAGGGUCAGGUAUAUCUGCUAUAUCUGUAAAUAAUGUGAAACAGUUUAAAAUUUGAGAUUUGCACAAAAUAAUUAAAACUAAUUUAAAAUUAAAAGCUUAUAAUGGGAAUAUUAUUAAUCCACUAGGAAUAUUGUGUGUAGAUGUCAGUUAUAAUGGGUUGUGUAAGACAUUAGAUUUAUAUGUAGUUAAUGAAGGUGGGCCACCGAUUAUGGGAAGAGACUGGAUUGCUGCCUUUAAGGUAUUUCCUAAGGAAUUGGGUCUUAAUACGUUAAGUAUCCAAAGCAUGGUGGAGAGGUUUCCGUUGGUUUUUAGUAGUUCAUUGGGGUGUUAUAAGGAAAAGACUUUUGAGUUGGUACUGAAAUCAGAUUCAAAACCAGUGUUAUGUAGACCUAGAAUCUUACCUUUUUCCUUAUGGGAUAAGGUUAGUUUGGAGUUGGAUAAGAUGAUAGCUGAAGGGUUAUUAGAGCCAGUGGAGUCUUCGGAAUGGGCCACAUCGAUUGUGCCUGUUGUUAAAGUAGAUGGCAGUAUUAGAUUAUGCGGUGAUUAUAAGAUCACAGUUAAUAAGAGUUUGGUUGUGAAUAGGUACUCAAUACCACGAGUUAAUGAUUUAUUGAGUAUGUUCCAGGGGGCUACCAAAUUUUGUACAUUAGAUCUUCGUCAAGCUUACCAACAAUUGCCUUUGAGUGUGGAAAGCCAAAAGUUAACAACAAUUACUACUCAUAGAGGUUUAUUUUUGUUUAAAAGGGUGCCUUAUGGUAUUGCAUCUGCGCCGGGCUUACUUCAAAGGGAAAUGGAGAGUAUCUUAGGUGGUUUGGAAGGAAUCGGGUGUUUUUACGAUGAUGUAGUAAUCUCGGGUAAGAAUGACGGAAGUCACCGAGAGACUUUUGAAAGUUUUAGGAAGGUUGAAAUCAGCUGGUUUAACAGUGAAGGCCAGUAAAUGUAAGCUGUUGCAAGAUAGUGUUACCUUUUAGGGUAUUGUAUUGAUAAGGACGGUUUACAUAUUCCUGAGGAAAGAGUGAGAGCUAUUUCUCAGGUGAAAACCCCUGUAGAUGUGCAUCAACUGAAAAAGCCUUUCUAGGUUUAGUUAAUUAUUAUGGUAGAUUUUUUAAAAACAUGUCUUCUUUAGCUAACCCGUUGUAUGCUUUGUUGAAGGCUAAUGUUAAAUUUUAUUGGGGUCCUGAGCAGGAAAGGGCAUUUGUGGGCAUUAAAAAACAGUUAUUGUCGAAGACGAUUCUCACACACUAUGAUACAACCUUGGAAUUAGUUUUAGCGUGUGAUGCUAGUCCUAAAGGGAUAGGGGCAGUGCUAUCACAUAAGUUCCCUAAUAAAGUGGAGAAACCUAUUGCUUUUGCAUCAAGGACUCUUAGCAAAAGUGAGCAGGGUUAUUCACAGUUGGACAAGGAGGCGUUGGCCUUAGUUUAUGGGGUUAAAUAUUUCCAUCAAUAUUUGUAUGGGAGAUCGUUCAUUCUAAAAACGGAUCACAAACCGUUAAUUUCAAUUUUUGGAGAGAAAAAAGUCAUUCCGGUUAUGGCAGCCCAUAGAUUGCAAAGAUAUGCAAUUUUCCUCGAGGGUUAUUCGUAUACAAUUGAGUUUGUGAAGGGGGAAGAUAAUGGCAAUGCUGAUUCUUUAUCUCGUUUACCUCUAGAAGGAGUAGAUAUGAUUAAUCAUGAGUUUUGUAAUAAUUUUUAUAUUAAUUUAAUAACUACUAACGUUCAGGCGAUUACUGAUUUAGAUAUUAUUGAAGAAAUUCAGAGGGAUGUGGUUUUAAGAAAAGUUUUUUUAUUGGUUAUGUCUGGAAAGUGGCCUAGUUCUAACAAGGAAGUUGUGGAGGAGAUUAGACCUUAUUUCAAUAGAAGGAAUGAGCUUGCUAUUGAGCAAGGUAUGUUAUUAUGGGGUCAUAGAUUAGUUAUUCCUUUGAAGUUUCGGAAGGUUUUGUUGUCAGAACUGCAUAGUUCUCAUUUAGGUACGGUUAAAAUGAAAUCUAUAGCGAGAUCGUAUUUGUGGUGGCCAAAUAUUGACAAGGAAAUUGUACAAAUCACUAAAGAAUGUUUGGGUUGUAUGGAGCAUAGCGAUAAUCCUCCUAAGUCCAUUUUACACAAUUGGCCAUGGCCAGAGGGUCCGGCUCAACGGGUGCAUUUGGAUUUUUUAGGACCUAUUAAUGGUAAAAUGUUUGUAGUAAUUAUUGAUGCACAUUCCAAAUGGGUUCAUGUGAGAUUUAUGAAUAAUAUUACGUCAGAAGGAACUAUUAAAAUUUUACGUGAGUAUUUUUCGCUUUGGGGGAUUCCUGCCAAGUUGGUAACAGAUAAUGGCCCAUCUUUGGUUUCGGAGGUAAUGGAGGAAUUUUUAGCUAAGAAUGGAGUUUUCCAUGUGAAAACACCCCCUUACAAUCCGGCUUCUAAUGGGGCUGCUGAAAAUUUAGUUAGAACCUUUAAAAACUUUUUAAAAAAGAGUGGGUUGAAAUCGGACUUAGACACAGAAAUUGCUAGGUUUAUGUUAUCAUAUAAUAGUACUAAACAUUGUGCUACGGGAUUGACACCGGCCGAAUUGCAUAUUGGUAGGAGGUUGUUUACAUCUUUGGAUAGAUUGGUGCCUAGAGCUAAGUACAAGUAUGAUAAAAGUAUUGUGGCGGCUAAGAGAAGUUAUAAAGGAAGUAGAGUUAAACAAUUUGAGAUUAAGGAUACUGUAAUGUGCCGAAAUUAUGCUAGUGGGGCAAAGUGGUUGAGGGGUACCAUUAUUAAAAUAUUAUCUCCUGUAACAUAUUUAGUACAAAUGGCCAGUGGGGAUGUUUGGAAAAGACAUAUUAAUCAGUUAUUGGAUACUGGUGGGGUAGAAACUAAUUUUGGUGUUAGACAUUUAACAAAGCCGGUUUUGGGUCUGAAGGAUGGUUUCCCGUCGUUGGCAGCUAGAGAGGUGGAGAGUGGAGUAAGUUUGGUGAGGGAUAGUCAGGAGAAUGAGCAGCAAGAGGGUCCGAAGUUAUGGAGGAGUGAUAGAGUUAGAAAAAUGCCUAAUCGUUUAAAUUUAUAAUUUUUUAUUUAUAUAUAUUUUAAUUGUAAUGAGUCUUUGAUUCUAAUGGUUUUUUUUAUAAUUCCUGUGUAAAUUAAACUUUUUGUAUUUUUUUUUUUUUUUGCUAUUUAUUUUAAUGUAAUUUAAAUUAUCAAGGAGUAGGUAUUAUUAUUUAAUAUGUUUUUGUAUUUAUAUAUACAUCAGUAGUAUUAUUCAUAUUGUGGAUCCUUGCUUAGUGGGAAGGAUCAGUAGGUAUUGUUAUUUAAUAUGUUUUGUAUUUAUAUAUACAUCAG